AUGGCAUCUGAUAUGAAGGCUUCGAUCCACCGCUUCCGCCUCCGCAGGGUGUCUCCAUCCCCGAGAAAUGCCGGUCGGGCCCGGUCCGCUUCACCUCCAGUGUCUCCUGAUAAGCGGCUGCAGGAUGCACCCCAGCGAGAUGCGCAACCUCGCCGACAGGAUGGACAGCAGCAGCCGAGACAGCCUCCGUCAACGGCUCGCGGCUCGGGAGGGAGACCCAUAGCUCCGGCCUGUGAUCGCUGUCGCAGUUUCAAGAAGAAGUGCAGUCGAACCUAUCCCGUGUGUUCUCUCUGCGCCAGCGCCGGUCAGAGAUGUUCUUACACUAGCCCUAUUGCCAACGCGGAGGCCCAGGCCCACCAGCUUCGCUCGCGUGUGCAAUGGCUUAGCCGCUAUAUCGACGAGAACCUGCUCCCGCCAGGUCAGCAGGCAUCAUCGCCCCUUUCGAGGGCUCCGGGUCCGGCGACCCCUCCGUUGGAUACCGCCGGACCUCUCCCGUUGAUCCGUGGGCGUGACCACCCCAUGACCGGGCAGCAGAGCAGUGACGUGCGAAUAGAGGACAGAGAUCCGGGGACCGUGAGAACCACGAGCAGUCAUCUCUCUUACCAAGCCUCGAGUGAUGGCUCUAUCACCAGACGGCGGCUGAUCGCUCGGCAAGCCCUUCCUCCCGAUAUUGCGCCAAGUCGUUUCGUCGAUGCCUUCUUUCGUCAUGUUAACCGAGCAUAUCCUUUUGUGGAUCAAGUCAAGAUACGCCGUGACCUUGAGGCCCUAGGAGACGCCUCUCCCGCGGACCAAGAUCCUCCCAUGACUUUGCUGUACCUUGUCAUGGCCAUUGGAUGUACAUCUCUAGUACGAGCAGGGCAGAUACCGAGCGACACGGCCAAGCGAUUUGAUGUAGUCUAUCCAGACAUCAUCCAGGAGUGUCUUUGCAAUGAAGGCGUCGAGUCGGUACAGAUCCUCGUCCUCUUGGGACUAUACUCCCUUUUCGAUCCCACAGCGACCUCCGCAUACUUUAUCGUCGGCAUCGCUGCUCGUCAGGCUAUGGUCAUUGGGUUGACGAGGCCAGACGACCAACCUCGUACACCGGCCGAGACGGAGCUCAGGCAUCGACUAUACUGGAGCAUAUUCGUCCUGGAUCGCAUGAUGGCUGCAUCUCAAGGCCUCCCAGUGGCAUUAACGGAUGAACACUCCAGCGUUCCACUCCCAGGACUCACGGUUGAAGAGUUUGCGAGUACGGAUAGAGCCGUGUAUGCUCGAAACCUGCAGACAAGCCGACAUGUCAUACAACUUCGGCAACUAGAGUAUCGGAUUCUUCACGCGGUACAUCUGCAACGAACCGCAGAAACUGCAGGUAUCUCAUCUUUAGAUCGGCGCGCAGUGCUCAGCAGCUUGAGGUCAGAGAUUGAGGACUGGUACAGCAACGGGUGCCUUAUGUCGCCAAUGGAGGCCGACAACCUACCUAUCCACAGCAGUAUCACCUGGCUAAGUGCACAGUAUUAUCACUUACUUGUUCUCCUUUACUUCCCCAACCACUUCAACAGUGCGGCGGCGGCGGUGCCUCGGUCAGAGCUGCUCGAGUUUGCUCGAAAGCAGCUCCAGGCCAACUCAGCUCUCCUGCAGCAACGACAGCUGCCUCUGAACCGGGUGUCACUAUGCAGGUUGCUACCCGUGUGUCUGGUGUUGAUGCACGACUUUGUGGCAUCAUGCGGCUCAAACGAUUGGGGAGCGCAAGGGCCGGCACCGUUCGCAGCCAGGGACGAAGUAGCCGUCCUAAUCACUAUCCUAGAAGCAUUCCCGAAAGGAUGGACGGUAGCACAUGAGGCAGCUCGCAUAAUCCAGCAGUUUGCGGGGGUAAUGACAGGACACGGAAGCAUGGCGACUGCGUACUUUGGUACACAAACAGUAUUCCCGGCGACGGGCAAGGAGAGCGUCGAAGAGCUGGUGAGGCCUUGCAUCACCAGCUUCACGGGACUGUUGCACCAGUUUCUGGGAAAGGCGACAUGCUUCCAGUCAAUCGAGUAUGCUCCUGAGACGAAGGAGGUUGAAAAGAUUGGGCAAGUUGGAGUCGCGGCGCAGCAGACCACGACGAAUUCGCUGUGGUUGAAUGGAACCGAUUCAAACGCCGGGGGCGUGAACGAGGAGGCUGUGCUCGGGUAUGGAUGGGGUUCCUGGGAUCUCGAUUUCCUUUGA